AUGGUACUGUCCGUGCUCAUCGGCGCGUUGUACGAUGAGUGGGCGGAGCCCAUGACGCGAUACUCCUUCCUAGCACACUUCUUGGGUGUGAGUGGCGAGGUCUGUGGUGGAGCUGGUGGUUGGAUCAUGUCCUAUUGCAUCGGACGUGAGAUCUUGCUGCACUUCGCAGCUGAAAAGAUGGCGACGCUCAAAAAGGAGAUGGACAAGUUCCAAGGCUCCAUGUUCCGGUAUAUGCUCUUCCUGCGGGUGUCGCCCCUCUUUCCGAACUGGUUUGUGAACUACAGCACUGCGAUGAUUGGAAUGCCGUUUUGGUAUUUCCUGGUGGCCUCCACAUUGGCGAUCCAGCCGGCGGCUUGCAUGUCUAUAGCCAUGGGCAGCAUGCUGCGAGACGUGGGGGAGAGCGGCCUGGACCUGGUGAAGAUGACCAAGCGCGGGGGCAUGAUGGCUGCCACCAUGGCAUUGCUUUCCCUGCCGUUGAUUCCCGCAGAUGAUUGGUCCAAGGGCCUGGAGAGAGUCAAGGCCUUCUGGAAGCGCAUGCAGAAGGCUCCGGCCGCGGCUCCGGCUGCGCCGGUCACCACCGCCUCCGCGCCGCCGCGCGGGCGCGCGGAGGGUCCUCCCGUGGCGAAGCGAAGGGACGCCUCGCCGGGGGCGAAGAGUGCGGCGAAGGGACCGAAGGAGAAGAAAAGCGACUGAUCCUGUGAGGAUCCGCGCCGGUUUCACUACUAGGGAAGAAACCUGCACAGUAGUCACCCUGAUGAGCACAGAACCAAC